GAACUUAGCUUUGAGUCGGAGUGCCCUAUUACCUCUUUGCCUUUUCUUUUCCCUUCAGAAAAAAGCUUUAUAACUUCCUAUUUGGGAAAAAAGGAAGACAAUAGUCAUACUUGGAUUCCAACAAAUGAAACCAAUAACUCACAUAGUGAGUGUAUUGUGUGUGUACAUUCUUGUCUUGUUUAGAAAAAAAAAGUCUGAACAAUCACUCUCUAUUCUCUAGCCUUCUCCAGUCUUUUCUUAGCACUUCUCAGAUCUCUAUCUAUUACAAAACCAACGGUCAAAUUCUGAGUCUCUAUUCAUUAACUACAAUUUCUUCAUAUUUAUAUUUAUAUAACCGUUUCUUAAACGGCCACCUCCAUAUUUACAUUUCAUUCUCUAUCACAAUUCCUGUAACUGAACAAAACAAAUGUCUCCCAAAUUCUCACUUUCACUCCUUCUAUUCUCUCUAAUCUCCACCCUUUGUGCUGCCCAAGGCGGCGGCGGCGGCGGCGGAGGGGGGACGGUUCAGUUGUGGUGUGUGGCAAAGAACAACGCAGAAGAUGCUGCACUUCAAUCGGCGAUUGAUUGGGCUUGUGGGCCUGGAGGUGCUAAUUGUGGGCCUAUUCAGCCCGGUGAACCUUGCUAUGACGCUUCCGACAUCCAGAAAACGGCGUCGUAUGCUUUCAAUGAUUACUUCAUCAGGCAUGGUAUGACUGAGGAUGCUUGUAAUUUCGAUAACAACGCUGCUCUCAUUUCUAUAAAUCCCAGUCAUGGUGGAUGUAAAUUUCCAUCCAGCAAAAAUGGGAGUGGAAAUUUUAGUGGGUCAACGAAUGUGGGAUUAGGUCCGGCUUCAGAAGAUUUGAGUAGCAGCAGUUAUAUUCCCAGGAUCUAUAUCUUGAUGGCAAUCAAUUUGCUGUUUUCAAGUCUGCUGAUUUUGUGACAACGUAAGAAUCUAGUCUCAGUCCCACUGUAUGUAGUGUAAUUCAAACAGUUUUGUUGGGCAGCUCAAGAGCUGCUGCAGGUAAGUGAUGUUGGUUCCACGGGCUCUCCGUAAUCAUAGAGGCCAGAAUUGAAGAAAUAUCCUAAAAAUAUGUCUUCUUAUUUGUUAAUCAAGAUGCGGUAUGUAAUUCUAACUUUAGAAAUUGCAAUUAGAACUUUCUCCUUGAUUGCAAGUCUGAACUGCCAUUGUAAAUCUGAGCAUUCAUCUUUAAAAUGAGUUCCAGUUACUUAGGGUCGUUUGGUAGGGUGUAUAAGAAUAGUACUGAAUAAGGUGUAUUAGUAAUCUUGAGAUUAGUUAUGUUGGUAUAUCUCUUAUACAUUUGUUUGGUUUGUUUGGUGUAUUAAAAAUAACAUGCAUUG